AUGUCCCACACCAGUAACCCCGGCGGGCACACUUCUGCCUCCACCACGCCUGCUUCCGACCCCACGACGUCCCCCACCAGUGACCCCGGCGGGCACACUUCUGCCUCCACCACGCCUGCUUCUUCCCCGACGACGUCCCCCACCAGUGACCCCGACGGGCACACUUCUGCCUCCACCAUGCCUGCUUCCUCUCCGCCGACGUCCCCCACCAGUAAUCCCGGCGGGCACACUUCUGCCUCCACCACCCCUUCUUCCUCCCCGACGACGGCCCCCACCAGCACCCCCGGCGGGCACACUUCUGCCUCGACCACGCCUGCUUCCUCUCCGACGACGUCCCCCACCAGUAACCCCGGCGGGCACACUUCUGCCUCUACCACGCCUGCUUCCGCCCCGACGACUUCCCCCGCCAGUGCCCCCAGUGGACAGACUUCCACAGGACCUGCUUCUACCCCAAUUCCUACUGCCAGUAGCACCGUUGGACCGUCUUCCACGGGAGCCACGUCCAGUCCCACUCCCACUGCCAGUAGCAUCACAGCACAUUCUUCCACAGGACCCUCUACCACUCAAACCUCCACCGCCAGGAGCACCCCGGGGCAUUCUUCGACACGACCCUGUACCAGUCCAACUUCCACUGCCAGCAGUCCCAGCAGUACUACAUCCACCACAGUCCCUGUUGUCUCUACUACCUCGACCACUGUUACAAUAAGAAGCUCCCCGAACCCAACCUCUACUCCGCCUGCAACCACACCACGGACCUGCUUAAAUGGAGGGACAUGGAACGGGCAGGUCUGUGUUUGCCCCAACGACUACCAAGGAGACCAUUGCGAGAACAGGGUCAUGUUCUGCAAGAAUGACGGCUACUGGGAUGGGAUCAAGUGUGUGUGCCCUAGCCUCUUCCAUGGGCCGAGGUGUGAGGAAGUGGUCCCCAGCAUUGAGAUAGAGCCUCCGCCGGAGACUGUCUCUGCCCAGAUGGAAAUGACCGUGACAGUGACCAGUAUGGAGUACACCAAAGAGCUAGAAGACCGGAAUUCUGUACAAUUCCAGAACUUCAGUGACAUAUUCACAAAAGAGAUGAACAUAGUUUAUCUCGGAAUCCCUGAGUAUCAAGGGGUCAACAUCACAAGGCUGUCUGCUGGCAGUAUUGUGGUAGAACAUGAAGUCCUCCUAAAGACCAACUACACCCCAGAAUACAAGGAAGUUUUCACUAAGGUCACCCAGGAGGUGGUGGAAAAAAUCCAGAAUGUAACCAAGGAGCAAAUAAGCAGAAAUAAUAGCUGCACAACUGUACUGUGUUAUAACACGACUGCCACCAAGAUGCAGAGCUUAGCAGUUACUGAAUACAACCCUGAAAAGGAAUGCCGGGAGAGGGUUGGGAAUUAUUAUGCUGCCUACUUCUUCGUGGAGUACAAGGAAAAGAAGCCAAUCUGCAUCAACCGCUGUAUGCCAGGCUUCAACAGCUCCCUGGACUGCAACUUCGGGAAGUGCCAGCUAGAACGCAGUGGCCCUCGGUGCUACUGCCUGACCACGGACACUGUCUGGUACAGUGGUGAAACCUGUGAGUUCAGCACCAAAAAGAGCCUGGUGUAUGGGCUUGUGGGGGCAGCUGGUGCCAUAGUGCUACUCAUCCUUGUUGUUCUCUUGAUGUUCAUACUCCGUUCCAAGAGGAAGUUGAAAAGGCAAAAGUCUAGAGUGUCUCAGUUGUAUAAGUGGCAUGAAGAAGAUGGAGGACCAACCCCUGGAACUUUCCAAAACAUUGGCUUUGACAUCCAUGAAGAUCAAGAUGACUCCAUCCACUUGGACUCCAUUUAUAGUAACUUCCAGCCCUCCCUGGACCAAAUAGAUUCUGAAACACAGAUCAAAAUUCAGAGGCCCCAGGUGUUGAUGACGUCAAUUUAAGGCAGUUUUACAUGGAGCUGUGGGCUCUGGGAGUGAGGAGAUCUUACUUUGUCUAAGCCUGACGGAACUUUUCCCCAUUGAGAGUAUUCAUGGAACCGGAUGAAAAACAAAACCUGUACCAAGGAGGAAGAGGGGAGAGAGUACAGUGCUGGAAAACUCAAAUAGAAAAACCAUGGAAACUCCGAUGGGCUUGUUAGGAUCUCAGGCGAGGCGCUCUUGUUCAUACAGGGAAGUUCUUCCUCCUGCCUGCCUUGUUUCAGCACCAAGGACAGCAUCUGAAUCGCCUAUUAACAGUGGCGAUCACUUAAACAUAGGACUGAACUUUACAUUAUACAAAACUUCUUGUAAGAUUUAUUGUAAUUCAUUUUAAUAAAAAAAUGUUUUAAGAGAUUCAGCAUUUUCUUUGAGUA